AUGAAGUCUCAAUCCACUUCCUCUUCUUCCUCCUCCUCCUCCUCCGCCUCAUCAUCAUCAUCAUCAUGGGUACAUACAAAACCCACUAACAGCACUCCCAUUUCUGACUUCAGCGAUCUUUCUCUUGAAGAGACUUCUUUAUCAUCGUCCUUCCAUUUUUUAGAUGCACAAUUAUCCUUAUCAUCCCUCUUUUCUUCAUCAUCAUUUGAGCUUAAUUCCCUGCUAGCAGAAACCGAUGAAAAAGAUGACAUGUAUAAGAAAGAAGAGAUUCAUCAUUUGAAGAAUUUAUCAUCUGGGAAGCCAUUAACAAGAGGAAGAUUAUUUCCCCCACCAAUUUCUUGCUUAAAAAUAUUUAAGACAGGGAGGCCUUACACAUACCUUUCAUUCAAUGAAGAAGAUGAUAGCUUUGUCCUUGAGGAGAUACGAAUCCCUAAGAGUGACAUCUUUCGUGCUAGUAGAGAAGAUGGGAGGUUGAGGCUGUUCUUUGAUCAUUCAGGGAAAGAAGAAGAAGAAGAAGAAGAAGAAGAGAAUUAA